GGCAUUCUUGAAAACGACAUAUCAUUAAAGAUGUGAAACAUUUUCUAAUAGGACUCAGGAAAAUGCUAAUUUUUUUUGCAAACUCUGAUUCAAUAUUUUUUUCAAUAGAAACUCAUCAUUUGAGUUCAAUAUCAAUGUACAUAAGUUUUGAUUUGGGACCCAUGCUCUCUAACAGAGAUUCAGAAUACUGGAAAAUCCUGGUUACACUACUAGUGUUACUAUCUGGUUCGUUUUUAAUAAGUUCUCUAUCAUCGCUUUCUUUCUUUUUCAUUUCAAAGUUUCUAAAAAUUAAGAAAAAUUUUAAAAAAUAAACUUUCAGCCAUUGUCGAUCAAUUCAUUGAAUCAUAUCUCUAUAUGUGUGCAAAAACAAAAAAAGAUGUGACAGACCCUUUUCAAAUUUAUACAUUUUUAUAUCUGAUCAUUUCACCUGAUAGUCCUCCUAUUAAUAGUGAACAUAUAUACGAGUUUUUCAUUAAAUUGCUAUUGGUAAACAACGGCUACUAUAACUAUUCGAACAUGUGAGAUAAAAAUAAUCAAAAUAAGAAAAGUAUCAUAGAUGCAUAAAAAGAGUUCUCACGACUAUUUACUAAUAGCUAUCACCUUUUAAAAUAGGAUUAUUGCUAAUUGGUCAUUGCCACUCUAUGAUCAUAUUCAUAUAAUGCAUAGUAAAUUCUUUUUUAUUGCAUAGAGAUAAAAAAAAAAGCAUUAUUUAAGAACAAAAGAUUCUAUAUAUUUAUUUAGGAAGCAAUUAUACCUUAUAUUGUUUCGAACACUCGUUUAUCUGUAUUAAUUCAAUUAAGUAAAAAAGAACAAAUUCGAUAUGCUGAACGAAAAGAUUUAAAUAAUAAACUUAAAAUUAUUCUUGAACAAUGGAAUAAUUCAAAACAAAUAAAAACUAUUAAUAAUAUUUCAACUACAUAUUCAUUUAUUUCACAUGAUUCAAUACCAAAUUUUGAAACAUUAUCAUUAUCACAAGCUGAAAUUGAAUGUUUACAACCUAAAUGGCCAGAUUUAUAUGAAGAUUAUUUAGAAAUAGUUAUACAAUUUGGUUAUAUUAUAUUUUUAUCAACAUUAUUUCCACUUGCAGCAUUUUUUUCUUUAUUAAGUAAUAUAAUUGAAAUUCGUGCUGAUGCAUUUAAAUUAUGUAUGAUAUGUCAACGACCUUUUUCACAACGUGUUAAAGAUAUUGGUCAUUGGCAGAAAAUUAUGGAAUAUAUGGUCAUUGCAGCAAUUAUUGUUAAUUGUAUUUUUUGUUCAAUACGUGGUGUUUUUAGACGUAUGUUACCUGAUCUUCCAUUUGCUGCAGAAAUUUUUCUACUUGUUUGUAUUGAAGUUUGUAUUUCAUUUAAAUUUUAA